GGGAGGAACUGCUCGGAGCGCGCCGCCCAGCAUCUCGGAGCUGCGCGACGCGGAACUCUUUCUGGGAUGUUGCAGUGCUGGGGCAGGCUGAGGCCUUGGCGGUUGGGAGCCUGCUCCGCCCCUUGGGGGAGGGGCCAGGCUGGAAGCCCCCGCCUUCUGUCCCGCUGGCUAAGCCACCAUACCUCCUCCUCCUCCUCCGGUCACUGCCCGGCCCAGCGGACCUCUCCGUUCUGGAUGGGGAAGGAUUCCCGCCCCUCGGUUCCGGCUAGCCAGCUUGCUUUGAGCACCCGCAGACCCUUCUGCCCAGGCCCUCGUCCGAGCCCCCCGUCCGAGCGCCAGUACCCUUUCAGGACCCGGCUGCUGGUGGUCUCCCUUAUCACCCGUCAGCUGGGCCUGGCCUGGCGCUAUUUCCUGUGGGAGAAGGAGAAGCAGGAGAAGCAGAAACGCAUCGAGGAGCUGCGGAAAGUGUCCAUCGGGCAAGGCAGUUUCGAGCUGGUGGACCACACCGGCCAGCCCUGCUCCAAGGAGGACCUCCAGGGCAGCUGGGUCCUGCUCUACUUUGGCUUCACCCACUGCCCGGACAUCUGUCCGGAGGAGCUGGAGAAGAUGAGUCGGGUGGUGGACAUGCUGGACGCGGACCCCAAACUGCCCCGUCUCCAGCCCAUCUUCAUCACGGUGGACCCCGAGCGGGACACGGUGGAGGCCGUGGCCAAGUACGUGAAGGAGUUCCACCCACGGCUCCGGGGACUGACCGGCACUCCUGAACAGGUGCAGAAGGCCGGGCGGUCCUACCGCGUCUACUACAGCACUGGUCCCAAAGGUGAAGACAAUGAUUACCUAGUGGACCACACGGUCAUCCUCUACCUGCUCAGUCCGGACGGGCUCUUCCUGGAUUACUACAAUCGGUAUAAGACGGACGUCAAGAUUGCGGAGAACAUCCGGGGACACAUGACCACCUACAAGAGCCUCCUGGUCUGAG